CCGAGCAGACAUGGCUUCUAAAGAGAUCACUGCCUCUUCUUUCGUCAGUGUAAGCAAGGAUAUUACAGAAAGCAUCAGGAAGAUUAUUGAUAAGUCAUCAAUCAAGUUUGUCCGUGGAGUUAAGCUUGACACCAAAAGUGGCAAAACAGAGGACAGAAUUUUGGUCCUCACAACAUGGCGACUCUAUUUUCUCAUACCAAAGGUUCCAGCUAAGGUAGAAACCACAUUCAACUUUUUGGAGAUUCGAGCCUUGAAUUCCCACCCAGAUCACCAGGUUAUCAUCGACACCGACAAGUCCACCUACUCCCUGAGGUUUCAGUCACGUGAACACCUCAAUCAUGUGAUCAGCCAUGUUAAUUUCGCCCUGUCUCGGAUAUUCAACAAUUCUGUUUUUGCCCCCUCCAUCUGUCACUCAGACAGUGACCUUUCAGAGGGCAGCAGGAAGUAUUCCCCCAGCUCCGAGACCUCUGUGGAAACCCAGAGGGCAUGCGGAGGCUUCUCAGAGACCUACGCUGCUCUGUGUGACUAUAAUGGUAUCAGCUGCAAGGAAGAAGUGCAGUGGGAUGUGGACACCAUCUAUCACUCCCAGGACAACCGGGAGUUUAAUCUGCUGGACUUCAGCCACCUGGAGAGCAGGGAUUUGGCUGUGAUUGUUGCAUCAAUGGCAUACAACACUUGGUUCACUAAGUUAUACUGCAAAGACCUGCGCAUAGGGUCAGAGGUCACAGAGCAGGUCCUGCACACACUUAGUAAAUCUUCCAGCCUGGAGGAGAUCACUCUGGAGAACGCUGGGCUAAAAUCAGACUUCCCACAGAAGAUGUCAGUCGCUCUUUCAGAGAAUCCUGCCUCCGUCAUCCACUCGCUCAACUUGGCCCACAACCCACUGGACAACCAAGGUGUGUCCAACCUCAUCCAGCAAGUGUGUCGCCUCAGCAAAGGACUUCGCCUCCUCAACCUCUCCAAGACGUCACUCUCCUCCAAAGGAGUGGUGUCUCUCUCUCAGGCGCUGUGCUCCAGUGACGAGUACUCCAACUCUCUGCUACACCUGGACCUGAGCAAGAACCCAGGGGUGCUCUCUGGGGAGGACGCCUCGAACUUGUAUCUGUUCUUAUCUCAGCCCAACUGCCUGGUCCAUUUGGAUCUGUCUGGCACAGAUUGCUCUGUGGACUCAUUAUUUGGGGCUCUUCUGAGGGGGUGUUGUGCUGAUCUCUCCUUUCUGAAUCUUUCCAAAAAUUCCUUCUCGCACAGAAAGGUGAAGGACACGCUGCCGUUGUUCCGGCAGUUCUUCAGCUCAGCCUUCAGCCUCACCCAUGUCAGCCUGGCCUCUAUGAAACUACCCCCUGAUGUUCUGAGGGCUGUUCUAAUGGGAUUAACCUCGAAUCCUCAUAUUAAUGACCUACACCUGGACAUCAGUGGGUGCGAGCUCAGGUCUGCAGGAGCUGCUGUAAUCCAGGAGCUCUUCCCCAGAGUCUCCUCUAUUGGCACUCUCGAUAUCUCAGACAAUGGUCUCGAUGCAGACCUGCUGUCAGUACUACCAGCCCUCUCUAGACACCCCUCCCUCAAACACCUUCAUCUGGGCAAGAACUUCAACAUCAAAAACAGGGUUCUGGACGAGGUCCUGCAGAAGCUGGUUCAACUCAUACAGGAGGAGGAAUGCGUUCUGCAGUCCCUGUCCUUGAGCGACUCACGACUCCGCUCUCGGGGUACGGUGCUGGUCAAUGCUCUGGGCAGCAACACCUGCCUCCGAAAAGUUGACCUGAGUGGGAACAACAUGGACGACAUCGGAGCCAAGAUGCUGAGUAAAGCUCUGCAAAUCAAUACCACGCUCAGGAGUGUGACAUGGGAUCGCAACAACACCUCCGCAACAGGAUUUCUUGAUGUGGCCCGUGCACUUGAACAUAAUUUCACCUUGCAGUACAUGCCCCUUCCCCUCAGUGACAUCAGCCAGGCAUAUCGCAGCGCCCCCGAGAGGACAGAGCAGGCACUGACCAAGAUCCAGCGCUCUCUGCUGAGGAACAAUCAGACGCAGCGUUUCUCUCAGAGACAAGCUCUGCGGCUGCACCAGGGCCUGGUCACCAGCACUGCCGAACAGGUGAUGGAGCGCCUGUGUGUGCGUGUCCAGCAGCAGGUGUGUAUGCUGCGAGGUGUCGGAGAGAUGGAGGAGAUUCACGCCGCUAAACAAGUGCUAAAAGAGGCCAGGAACUCUCGUGCACUCUACCCUUCACUGUGUGAGUUGGCUCAUGUUCUGUCUGUGGACGGGCCAGUCAGACAGAGAUUGGAUUCUCUAGCUGGGGAACUUGCCAAAGCUGCAGAUAAGGAGCUACAGGUCAUCGUUGACUCCAUGGUGUCUCUCUGUCGUGAGCUGUGCCCCCUGUCCUCCUCUGCCGCAGAGAGAUUGAGUCCUCCCCUCUCGUCCGUCUCAGAGCGAGUGUCCAUUCCCCGCUCUGCUAUCCGCACAGCCCUGAUGGAAAGAGCGGCGCAGGACAUUCACCGAGCCUUGGAAGAGGUGAAACUGUCGGUGGUCUCCUAUCUCACCAACUCCAUCGUGGACCAAAUCCUGCAGGAGCUCUAUGCCACCCACAAAACCCUUACCCGGCAGGUGUCUCAGGUGAAGCUUUGGGACGGGACAUGUGAAGGUGAAUCAGGCUGGAGGUCUCACAGACACAGAGACUCUCUGGACAUCACUGACGAGGAGCUGGCCACCAGCAUAGACACAAUAGCCAUUAAGAAGCACAGCUCCAGAACGAGACGAAUACGACCUGUCUCCACCAGGCUGAGUCUGUGUGAUGACUCCAGCUCCUCUCCGCCCCCCUCUGUGCCGUCAUUCUCUUCACCGCUCUCCCGCUCUGCAUCAUGGGAGGGUCUGUCAGAGUUGCCUACGCAGGGCGUACCUCUCCACCAUGUGACCCGCGUUCGGCCAAAGCCUCCGCGGAGGCACAGAGGAGCGCAUGUCCCUGCUGACACACAUUGCAGUGAAAAUGGAGGGAUAAGUCCUCUUGAUGAUGGACUCCCAGAUUUCUACACCAAAAGAGUCCUCCCUGACAGUCAGCUGUCGUCUCUGCACAAAGCCCAUUCUCUGAGGAGGAAGAAGAGACGCAACAUGCUGGCCAUCUUUGGUUUCCGUAAAAACCGCAACCCGACUCAGUCCAACCAGGGGCCGGAGUCUGGAGGAGGAGAGGUGUACGGGGAAGAGUGUCACACUGUGGCCACGGCACCCACAGGGACGGCCACAGAGAAUGUAUACACACUCCUGCAGCCGCCGAGGUCUGCUGCCAGAGCUGGAUCACCUGGAGAGGGGGCUGAUGGGAAAGUGAAUGAUCAGCAGGGGAAAAACGCCCUUGUUUUGAGCCCACCACCAGUGCAGGGCAUACCACAUCCAGGCAUGGGGGGAAGCAAACACCCCUUUUUCUCUCCCAAGGAGAAACCUGAAGUGGAAACGGUAAUCGAACAACCAGUAGACACAGAGAAGGAGAGACACUGGGCCGAUGACAAACAGAGGACAGAAGUGCAGCACACAGACAAGCCUUGGAUGGAGGGGAGGCUGACUGAUCGGCAUCCUGAGAAACAUGUAGAGAGACAAUCUAACCAGCUGUGGCUAGAUGACAGGUUACCGGAGAGAACCUGCGGCGAGGCCAGAACAACAGACAAACAGACAGACAGGUACUGGACCGAGAGCAGACACGCAGACAGACUCAUGGAAAAGCAAUGGACAGUUGACAGACACACCCAGAGGCAGAUCGACAGGAAAAUGGAGAGGCAGUGGACCAUCGGAAGGCAAAUCGACAGGUCAUGGUCAGAGAACAGGCCGACAGACAUACAGGUCGACAACCAGUGGCUGGAAAGCAGACAUCCGGGCAGAAAGACAGACAGACAAGUCCAGGCUCUGCAUCUGGCGCAAAGGCCCCUGCCUCCCUACCCGUCAGACAGGACUCCAUCGCCAAAGCAGGAAACUGAUCCUGCAAAAAACACAGAGGCGGCCGCAUCCGACUGGCAUCAGUGUCAGCAGGACGCGCAAGGAGAGAGACACGUGUGUGCCGAUACCGUUGCCGUGCAUACGGAGGGGCGGAGAGGUGGAGGAGGGGUGUCCUCUGGUCGAGCUCCUCCCUGUGCCUCUAAACCCGACCCUCCUCCACAAAACAGUAAGCCCAACCUGUCCCGGCUGAGACAGAGGCAUCGACAAGAGAGCUCAGGUGCAGAGGAGGAGGGAGAUACAGAGAAGGAGCCUGGGAAAAUAGAAAAGAAAGAGAGAGAAAGAGGGAGAGAUUCAGAGGGUCAGCCGCCUCCUAUUCCAGAAAAGCCAAAGACGUCCUCGUAUGUGACUUUUUCAAAAGAAUCAGCCAAUGAGAGGAACUUACCUCCUCCUCCUGUGCCACCUCCUGUCAGCAGGCCUGUGCAUGGGCUGCCAGACCGAGCUGCAAGUCAAGGUGAUGAGGGAAUGAGAGCUCAGGCGCCGGUGAAGCCACAGAGGAACAGGAAGGCGAUGUCUUGUGACGCAGGCACUGACAGAGAUAGCCCAAAUAACCUCGAGAAGCCCCCAAAUCGCAAACCCCCCGUGAAAAAACCUAGACUACCCCAAAACAGAAAUAAAUCACUGGACUUGUCUGACACCAUCAACUCAGCACCUGGUCACAGCGAGCUGUUGUGAUGCCUGGGAAAUUUCACCUGCCGCUGUCCAGCCGGAGUGUUGUCAUGACAACUGUGGAGCAUUUCAUCAAAUGUGGAAACGAAGAAAACGUAUGAGGGGGAACCAGAAAAUAAAUGUCUAACGGUGCAAUAUGACAGAUAUCAUAAAGUAUCUCUUGCCUAUGUUGGAGCGCUCACUCCUUAAUGUGUUGUUCACCUCCUCUCCUUCGACUCUCACUGUGUUUCUGUCUUUGCUUUCCUCUCACAUGAAAACAAAAACCUGCUGAACUCUUUUGUGACUACAGUAUUUGAAUGGUAUUUGCUACUUUAGAAAACCCAAAAUGAUCAUUGUCUGAUUCUUGCCACUUUUGUGCUGUAGUGCCGACAGGCGGGGCCACCUGCUUGAGGGUCGUGGCUGUGCUAGACAGGAGAAAAAAUGUCUUUAUUAGAAUGUUAUUUCUAAAUUUGCAAUGCAUUUUUGACUGCUGAUACAGUUGAUUGCCUUGGUUGACACUUGAAAAUGAGUUGCUUCUUAUCAAAUGAAACUUGAUAAUUUAUAUCUAGUUUUGCUUUCAGGAACUGAAAGGUAAUAUAUUUUAUAACAAAAAAAAAUUAAAUAAGAUAU